UCCAGCUAAGCUUCGGACAACUACAAGCACGACAGAGAUCAUUCUGCCUUUCUGCCACGCCAAGUUUACUAACGCUGGACUGCUCACCGCAGCACCAUGCCCGACAAUGACAGUCGCCUACUUGCCCUCGACGGCGGCGGAGUCUGCGGCUUAUCCUCGCUGACGAUUCUACAAAAUCUUAUAUCCACCAUCGACCCCGACUCCCCGCCCAAGCCAUGCGAUUACUUCGAUAUAAUCUGCAGCACUAGUACUUUAGCAGCAGAAAGGGACGGAAACAACACCCAACUCAUUAACUUACCCUAGGGGAAAUGCACAGAGAGUCGUCGCACAGGCGUCU